AUGUCGGGUAACGCCCCUGGCCUGGAUAAUGAUGCACCCGGUGGAGUGAUUAUUUAUGCGAGGACACUGUUUUGGGGUGUGCCACGGGCACUGACAGGCAGGCUGGCCGAUUUCGCGAAGCGCUACGACGUUCCAAUCAUUGCUGAUGGAGGCAUUUCGACGGCAGGACAUGUCGUCAAGGCGCUCAGUUUGGGAGCCUCCUCGGUCAUGAUGGGAGCUUUGCUGGCGGGCACGACAGAAGCCCCCGGCGAGUACUUCUUCUCGAAUGGUGUACGUCUCAAAAAGUACAGAGGUAUGGGCAGUCUGGACGCCAUGUCUGCCAAUCCCUCCAGCCAAAUGCGCUACUUCUCAGAGACUGACCGCGUUAAGGUCGCCCAGGGAGUCUCCGGCAAUAUUGUUGAUCGGGGCUCAAUCCACCAACUGUUGUGGCAUUUAAUGGAAUCGGGAGAGUUGCGCUUUGAGCGGCGUAGCCCCUGUGCGCAGAUCGAGGGUAGCGUGCACGGUCUUCAUUCCUAUGAGAAACGCCUGUUCUAA